ACACGCGGGAUCUCAGAUGAAUAAUAUCGAAAAUGACAGAUUCUGCCAAGACGUGAAAACCACCACAGCACGAGGAAUAGCCUACGACAUGGAAGUAAUUCAGCCGUAAUGGAUUUAUAAACUGAUUUUGGCCUCCCCUGCCAACCCUUUACCAUCCUACCAACCAUUUACUCAUCACAUAUCCCCAGUCUGACAACUUCUACCAUUACGAGAAACUUACCCACACACAAGUUAUGGAAAGAAAGCGAAAAUGUGCUACAAAUGAAAUCGACUUCAGCUCUGAAGAUGAUGAAUCUAAAACAGAUUGUAAUUCUGAUGAUUCUAGAAAAUAUCAGAAGCAAAAUCACAGUGAAAUUGAAAAACGACGACGUGAUAAAAUGAAUAAUUUUAUUGUUGAACUAUCUGCCUUGAUUCCAAUGUGUAAUGCCAUGAAUAGAAAAUUAGAUAAAUUAACAGUUUUGCGUAUGGCUGUACAGCACAUGAAGUCAAUCAAAGGAGCUAAUAAAUCCUAUACAGAAAUCAAUCUCAAACCAUCUUUUAUAUCAGAGGAAGAAUUAAAACAUGUUAUAUUAAAGGUUUCUGAUGGUUUUUUGUUUGUAGUGAGUUGUGAUAGAGCUAAAAUAUUAUACUGUUCACAGUCCGUUAGUAAAAUACUGGAUUUUUCUCAUAAAGAAUUAAUAGGACAGAGUUGGUUUGAUGUUCUGCAUCCACAAGACAUCAGUAAAAUAAAAGAACAAUUAUCAUCUUCAGAUCUCUCUCCACGCGAACGACUCAUAGAUGCCAAGACUAUGAUGCCGGUUAAAACAGAAUUACCACAAAAAUCAUCUCAACUAUGUUCUGGUGCCAGACGAUCCUUUUUCUGUCGUAUGAGAACUGGUGGUAAAGCGUCUGCCUCUAAUAACCUUCUGGUACCUAAAAACAAGAUUGAUGCAGAUAGUAUGUCUCCAAGAAAGAAAAAGACAGAUCGUAAAAACUUUAGUGUGAUUCAUUGUACUGGUUAUUUAAAAUCGUGGCCUGUGUCUAAAGUGAACUUAGAUGAAGAUAAAGAAAUAUAUCCUGAUCUGAACAGUUUAAGUUGUUUGGUUGUUAUAGGACGACCCCAAAAAAUCUAUCAAUCUAAAACAAACUUUAAAAAACAUAUCAAUAUACGCCCAUUAGAAUAUACUUCACGACAUAGUGUGGAUGGAAAGUUUCAAUAUGUUGAUGAAAGGGCGACGAUUAUUUUAGGAUUAUUGCCUCAAGAACUGUUGGGUACAUCAGUUUAUGAGUAUUAUCAUCAAAAAGAUAUUGCUCAUUUAGCAGACGUUCAUCGGAAAGUUUUACAAACAAGGGAAAAAGUACAAACUAAUCCUUAUAGGUUUAAAUCCAGUGGAGGAAGAUUUGUCAUUUUACAGUCCACAUGUUUUGGUUUUCAAAAUCCAUUUACUAAAGAAGUAGAAUACAUUGUAUCUAUGAAUAAAAUUGUUAGUGAACCAGAGGUAACCGGAUGUGAUACGUCAGAAGAAAUUCUCAUCAAAAUGAACCCCAAUUUUCCUAAUGAUAAAAUAAUCAGUUUAGGAUCAACAUCAGUAUCAGCAUGUGAUAGCAGGGACCUACCAGGAAUAUCUAUAAGAGAAUAUACUAGUGCAGGUAGAAUAGGUACAAAAAUAGCUGAAGAAUCCACGGAUUUACAAGUACCAGCAGAUAGUAGUAGCCUGGAAGUCACACCUUUACCUCAGAGAUUUGCUGUUCCAAUGAAUGUUCGAGUUCCUUUCCUGAAUGCAGCAUCUUCAUCAACAUCAUUAUCACAAGCAGCAUGUUCAUCAAAAACUGGGAAUCUCCAGUGGUCAUCGAAACUUGGUGAUCAAAAUGGCCAUAUUAGUUUAAAUAGUAAAAGUCAGCAAGCAGCAGCAACAACAGCAUUAGAUUCGACAUUAUUAAAUGAUGUGCUAGAGGAACAGAUGGUAGAAGACAUGCAGAAUCCUGGUAAUGAUGGAAAUGAUGAAGCAGCAUUGGCAUUUUUAAUGAGUUUAUUAGAAGCGGAUGCUGGAUUAGGAGGACCGAUUGACUUCAAUGAUUUGCCAUGGCCAUUAUGAGGAUGUUAUUUUUUUUUAGGUGACAAUGACAUGGAAAAUGUUUUAAAAUAUUACACCAUAUAGUCCAGCCUUAUAGAUUCCAUUCAUUCCAGAGAACAAUUAAGUUGUUUAUGCGGCAGUACCGUCACUUAUCUGUGUUAUAUUAAAGAAUGUUGAUUUAUGAAGAUAUACCAAAAAAUAUACAGUAAUAGAAAUAUAUUGAAGAAUGUUGAUUUAUGAAGAUAUGCCAAAAAAUAUACAGUAAUAGAAAUUAUAUCCAAAUUUGUAUUUGUGGGGACGCUUGACAUCGAAAAACUGGAGAAAAUUCUCAGCUCAUUUUUACACGCUGUGCCUGUGUCGAAAAAAAUAUUUUAUCUGUUAUAAUAGUUUAUUUUUAUGAUAUCAUUACAAACAGAGUGCUUUUGUCAAAAUGAAUCAAGUGCCUGUUACACUACAUGACAGCCUUACACACAGUGUGAUCGGGCCAAGCAAGAAAAUUUUAUUAUCUUUGCUCAACUCAUUUUAUUUUGCUUUAUACAUGGAUUUAUUGGUAAAGCGAUUAAAGAUUAUCUGAAUGGUAAUCUGGAAAAUAAAAAUGAUGUGACUAUCUUUUACUGAAGAAGAAAAAGUGAUAUUGUUAAUUGAUAGUUUAUAUAUAUCUCCCCCAAAAUUUGCCUUACGUAAGAUGUGGGAUUUCCAAUUUAAUAAUGAUUUUACAAAUGGUAUUAUAAAUUCUGUCCUUUAAAGAUAUUGUUGUUGAAAAAUAUUGUUGUUGAAAAAUAGUAACCUCAUUUUAUUUCACUCUAAAAUGGCAACGCAACCUACUUGUGUUCGUGUUCUUGUACUGUAUUUUAGUACAUCUAACAAAUUUUGGGUGGGGGGGGGGUGUGCGUGUUGAAAUUAAUUGUUAGUCAUUAUUGUAAAUACCCUUUCCAGUUCAUUAUUGCUAGUUCUGUAGGAUCUAGAAGAUUUUUAAAUGUUGAUUCUAGUAGCUGUCCACUUUAGCUAUGUAUUGUUAUAGAAUAUUGAAAUAGGUUGACUUUAUUCUUUUAAUUUUUGUUAACAACCUGCCAUUUUAUCCUUCUUUCUGUUGUAAAAGUUUUGAUAUUACAGUUUCUCUUUAAAGAAGUGUUAUGUAAGAGCUAAAUCUGCAUAUUGCAGAUCUUUAUUUAUGGAUAAUUGAGAUUUUAACUCAAUUGUCAAGUAUUGUUGCUAUGAUAAUGUUCAAUCUACACUAUAUAUUUUGUCAAGACUUCAAACAGUGAUAACUCUGAAUAGAAUAAAGUAAUUUGAAAGAAAUUGUCAAUAUCAUCAAUUUUCAUUAUCUAUUUUUGAACUAUUACAGCAAGAACAGCCAGCUCUUUAUCUAAAUCUAACAUUAUGUAUCUUUAACUACAAAUGUUUAUAUAUGUAUAUGAUAAACGGUGAUUAUAUUAAUUUCCAAUAUUUCAUAUUAAUUCAUUUUAGGUAUCCUGUGAUAAUAAAUUCUAUCUGAAAGUUAAUCUGAAAUUACAUUCACCUGCCUUCUAGAGUCAUAUACAUGUAUGAUGUCACACAACCAUCUAUUUGUGAUAGAUCUGUCUAUUCAUCGCAGAGAUGUUUCAGGAUUGUAGUCCUACACAUUAUAGCCCAUAUUGAUUUAUAGGAGUUCAGUUGACGCUCAUGCAAAAUGCUUUGCUGAUAGGCAAGUGCUUCGAUUUUCAAUAAUUAUGUGAAUGGAAGAUUGUAGAGAAAUCAAAUUAAAGAGCAUUAUUUUAACUUUAUUGAGUAACGGCAAUACUCUAAUAGAAUUAUCUCCAGUGUUUCACAUCACACUUGCUUCAUUCUAUUAUGUACUAUUAUGGCACCUUAACCUCAGCUUUAUAAAAUAACUCAAUCAGCAGUGCCUUUAUUAAGAUGUUCAAAGGUAUACCUCUCAAAAAAACAGGUGCCAUUAACAGCAUUCUAUAGUAUUUUAUUGUGUAUUAUAAAUAUACCUGUGAAGAGUAAUGCGAUUCUUCAAUGUUAGGCCAUAUAGAAUAAAUUUUUGGUUCUCAGAUACUCCCACAUCACUUAAAGAGAGCUGCUUGACCUGGUUUUUUUUUUGUUUUUUUUUUUUGUUUUUUAAAUAAAAAAAGGGAUAUUAAUUACUGCAGGUAAAAAAAUUUCUUGAGUUACAGGAAGUAACUAUGAAAAAUAAAUUCUAAUGAAUCAUGAAAAAUACAGUAGGCCCUGUUAUCAAGUACACAACUCUGUUAAUCGUUACUGCUAAUCAUACAAUCAACAACGUGCUGAGAUAAAUGAGUCAUUAGCCAUGUAGUGAUACUUUGGCAAAAAAAAAAAAAUACCUCCACAUCAGAUUUUUUAAGGAAGGAUUGUCUUGAGAACCAGAAUAUUUUUUUUUGUAUGGCCGUAAUAUAUGGUCAACAGAUUAAUGAGUAGCAUUAUAGAAUUCUUAAUAGUAUAAAAUGUGAGAAGAAAAUCAAAACCAAAAUGUUUAUUUUUAAAUAAAUCUUUCCAUUUAUUGUAAAAUAAACUAAUGUAGAAUGCAUGGCUGAUUCUCUUUGAAAUUGUGCAUUAAGACAUGAUUAUAAAGUUGCAAAUAUUUAAAUAUUGUCUUUAAAUUGUCUUAUUGCAACUGAGAAUUAGGUAUUUAUAUUAUUUAAAACACAUUAAAUUGAUAUAUUGAACAUAAUAUAGUUUUAAGAAUAUU